CAAUCGACCCCAAUUCUUAAAACCCUCUCUUGAUUCAUCAAAUUCCCACAACACAACAGAGCUAUGGCGUCACUCAAAGAUCCAGCACAAAUGGCGUCAUCCAGCAGCGGCUUAACCUUCAAGCUUCACCCACUCGUCAUCGUCAACAUCUCCGAUCACCACACUCGCGUCAAGUCCCAGUCUCAACCCCCCUCCGCCGAUUCCUCCUCUUCCACUUCCACUUCCCCAUCUUCUAGGGUUUUCGGCUGCGUCAUUGGAGUCCAACGUGGCCGCACUGUCGAGAUCUUCAACAGCUUCGAACUCCUCUACGAUCCCUCCACACACUCCCUCGAUCGCCCCUUCCUCGAGAAGAAACAAGAACUUUAUAAGAAGGUGUUUCCAAACUUUUAUAUACUUGGAUGGUAUUCAACCGGUGCCGAUGCCGAAGAAUCGGAUAUGCUUAUACAUAAAGCUUUGAUGGAUAUCAAUGAAAGCCCGGUGUAUGUUCUUCUGAAUCCGUUGAUCAAUCAUGCACAAAAGGAUCUCCCAGUAACCAUUUUUGAAAGUGAGAUGCAUGUCAUUGAUGGGAUUCCACAGCUUAUAUUUGUACGCUCAAGCUACACCAUAGAGACAGUCGAAGCUGAAAGAAUAUCUGUUGACCAUGUUGCUCACCUUAAACCAUCUGAUGGUGGUUCAGCUGCUACUCAAUUGGCUGCUCAUUUGACGGGAAUACAUAGUGCCAUCAAGAUGCUCAAUAGCAGAAUCCGAGUCCUCCAUCACUAUCUUAACGCCAUGCAAAAAGGUGAAAUACCUCCUGAGAAUUCUUUGUUAAGACAGGUUUCUAGUCUCUUGAGGAGAUUGCCAGCUAUAGAAUCAGAGAAAUUUCAAGAUGAUUUCUUAAUGGAAUACAAUGAUACAUUAUUAAUUAGCUAUCUGGCCAUGUUCACCGACUGCUCAAGCACGAUGAAUGAUCUGGUUGAUAAAAUCAACGUUGCAUAUGAUAGGCAUAGUCGAAGGGGUGGACGAACCGCCUUCAUUUAAUAUCUCUCUCAAAUUGAUUGCUGGAUGCAUGGCUUUUGUUUCUUUUUAGUAGCGUAAAUUUAGUUUAUAUGACGGUAAUUGCAUUUAUGCAAGUGAAGAAUUUGUGUUAACGUCUUCUGGCGGGAGUUUAGGAAAAUGGAAAUGUGUUCAUUGCCUUCAUGUGUUUUUUAUGGAUAUCUUCAUUCGAACGGAAAUGGAAAUACAAAAAAGAAGUUAAUGAAAA